AAAGAAUUCAAAUUAUUAAUUAAAUAAUAAAAUUCAACUGAUAUAAAAUUAAGUUUGAAUUAAUUCGUCAUUACCUAAAAAAAUUAAUAUAUUAAGGCAAGUUCCCUUAUUAGUCCCAAAGUAAUAAACCUAGAGGACGACCUCAAUAUUAACAGAAAUUACACUGUAACUUCUUUUUUGUUGGCAAAUUAUAUGAUAGCUAAUAGCCAAAAAAUAAUAAAAUUAGCUAUUACAUAAGAAGCAAUCAGGUAUUGAAGAGAAUGGAGAAUGCAGAAAAAAUGAGAGAACGAGGCAGCGGACGACUGAGACCAUGGGACAGGCACAGAGCACAGAGCGAGGGUCGAAGAAGCACCAGAAGGUAUAACGGAGGAGCUAGCUGGAAUAAAGGCCGUCAGAGACAAGGGUAUGAAGGUGGUUACGAUCGAGUCCUUUACAACCAAGCAACAGUGUUCUUCUUCACCAACUUUCCAGAUGGCUGGACCUAUGAACAAAUGUGGAGGACCUUCCUUAAGUUCAGACGUGUAUUUGCCAUAUACAUCCCCCAGAGAAAGAACAAGGAAGGGAGCAGGUUUGGGUUUGUGCGCUUCCUGGACGUCAAGGAUGAGAGGAGCCUGGGAGACAGGGGCCCAAAACCCAGCUACGCGGAGGUGGUAAAAGGCUUUGGAAGUAGAGGUGACAAAUGGGCAGCCAAUAGAGGUAUCAAACCUGCCCAACCCGGCAUCACAAGCAACAGUGGCAAAACAGAACAAAAAUGGGUAGAGAAGCGGAGGGAAUUGCAUUGGACUAGACUUGAGUUUAACCCGAAGUAUGAAGACUGGGAAUGGCUUGAGGGAUGCUUUGUUGGAAUAGCCAGAUCAGUGGGGAUUGUGCCCAUACUUCAAGAAAGACUAUACAUGGAGGGGCUUUUCUCAAUCAAGCUUCGUGCAAUGGGUGGGAAACUUGUCCUUAUGGACUGUGAUGAUAAAGAGGAAUUAAAAGAACUGGUUGAGUGAGCAAAAGAUUGGCUGGGGCAGUGGUUUGUCAAUAUUAAACGUUGGACCCCCCAGAUGGUUGCCACACAGAGAUUUGUUUGGCUAAAGUGUUAUGGAGUCCCUCUUCAUGCAUGGGUCCUGAAUUUUUCAUC